AUGACUGGGACGUGGAAACAAAUAGCUAGCAUUCCGAGUUUGCUGGGUACAUUAAAUCUGGAUCCUUAUAAGAUGAUAAAAGGAAACCUUCGUGAUGGAACGGGUAUUCAUUUUUCGCUUGAUUGGUGGAUAUCGGAUGAUGUUCUGCAGCGAAAGUUCCCUCUGCUGUUUGAUUUGGAGAAGAAUAAGGCGUGUUUUGUUUCAGCCAGGUUACAUUCUGGGCAGCUGAUAAUCGGGUUUAAUUGGGGUUGGCAUCGGGCUAUAUCUGCAGUCAAUGAACAGCAGCAGUUUGCUGAACUGCUGAUUUUACUCUCGGGGUCAGCAAUAACAGCCGGUGCAGACCUAUGGGCUACACAGAUUGGUGGGUCGGGAUUUUUCUCAGUCGGCUCAGUUAAGAAGUGUAUUGUUGAGGCGACAUGUGCAGUGCCGGAGGAGGUUUAUGACUGGUGUAAUUGGGUCCCACGCAAGGUGUCCAUAGUGGCUUGGCUAGCUUUUCUAGAUCGGCUUCCAACCGUUGAGGCGUUGGCUCGGAGGAAUAUUUUUGUUGAUACACCCUUUUGUCGCUUGUGUGAUAAUAACGUGGAGUCGGUUGAACAUUUGUUUACGGGUUGUCCCAUUGCAAUGGAAGUUUGGCAGGCGGUUUUUUCGUGGUGUCAAGUUCCUAAUGUGUUUAUUUUCCAUGUUUGGAAUUUGUUAAGAUAUCACAAGAUUGCGAAAACAAGCGCUCGUGCAAAGAAAGCUUUUUAUGCGGUGGUGGUAACGACUUUUUGGAGCCUAUGGAAAGCAAGGAAUGAUCUCAUUCAUAAUCAAACGGCGGUGGUGGUCCGGAAUAUUUUCGAAGAGGUAAUUCAAAGUGAUUUGUUGUCACCGGAUUUUCAUCAAUCGGAUAUUCAUCAGAUUUUUUGUAUCAAUGGAGAAUCAACUGAUGAAUUGAUCCAAAGGUAUGUCAAGUUGUAUUGGGAGAUGGUGAGAUUGAAGAUAACCAAGACCAAUGAGGAAUGGGUUAACAAGUUAGCAAAUGUUUUACCGGGUGAUAGUUGGAGAACGUUUUUGUCAGAUUUGAAGAAGAUAUACUUUAAUUUGAAUUUGAGCGUGUUUAUCGAGAAGAUUAAAGAGCGAGAACUUGAACUUCAAAAGAAUAGUAAUGCAGAAACUGAUGAAGCAAAAUGCAAAUCUGAGGAAAUCGUUCGAGAGGUAGAGGAGCAGGUCAAAGAAAUUUCAGCUAUCAAGGUCGAGACGAAAGCUGAAGCUAUUUGUAAUCAGGGUAGAAGAUAA